AUGUGUUCAAUUAGUGAACCACGUCGUGUUACAGUUUCUUGUAAGCAUUUAUUUAUAAAUGAUCAUUCAAUAACAACAUCUUUAUUUCGUCCAAUAAAACAAAAAAUUAAUGACAAUAUUUCGAAUACUAAAGUCUUUCAUUUACCAUUUAAUGGUAAAACAACAUUUGUAUCUAAUAAUAAUAAAUUACUCAGGACAUCAUUAAAUCCAUUAUCACCUAGUUUUUAUUCUCAUCGUCAUGCACAAUUAAUAUCAAGUAAUACUAAAAUUCAAAUGGAAACAUCUGAUUAUUAUAGUAGUACAGAUCCUGAACAACAAUCAUCAUCGCCAAUUUUAUUUAAUAACGAAGAUCAAGUAUCAUUUUCAUUUUCAAUUAAUAAUAAUCAUCAUCCUAUAUUACAAACACGACGUAAAUCUUCAACAUCAUCAUCAUCAUCAUCAUCCGGUAUUAGUAAUCUAUCAUCAUCAUCGGAUUCUAAUGAUAUAAUUUCAUGUUGUUGUGAAAAAGAAGAUUUUCCAUAUCGUAAACGUUCUCGACGUUAUUUGAAAAAAUCUUCUUAUGAAAAUUAUCCAACUAAACGUACAAAAACAUAUUCUCGUUUAAAAACUCGUAAACAACGUUUUAAUGCAUCAUUAAUUAAAUUUAGUAUUGAUCUAAGUGGUCAAAAUAUAAAUUAUACAAUUGAAUAUCAUCUUAAUUGUCCAAUAUUACCAUUUUAUUAUGAUUUUUAUUAUAUAUCAUGGUUACAAUUAUAUAAUUAUUUAUAUUUUUAUCAUUUACAGUAUUACAAUCGAGAGUCUAUUCAACCACCACCAACAAGAUCAUGGCUUCGUCUUGCAUCACCAAAUGGAACACAACCAACGGCCAUCUAUACAAUUAUGAAUUACAAUAUUCUUUGUGAUAAAUAUGCAACAAGACAUGUCUAUGGUUAUUGUCCAUCAUGGGCAUUAAAAUGGGAUUAUAGACGUAAACAUAUUCUUGAAGAAUUACGUUCCUAUUCAGCUGAUAUUAUUGCUCUUCAGGAAAUUGAAACUGAUCAGUUUCAUGCAUUUUUCUUACCUGAAUUACAAAAAAAUGGUUAUGAUGGUGUGUUUAGUCCUAAAUCACGUGCUAAAACUAUGUGUGAACAAGAUCGUCGAUAUGUUGAUGGAUGUGCAAUAUUUUAUCGACAAUCGAAAUUUCGGUUAAUCAAACAUUAUCUUGUUGAAUUUAAUCAAUUGGCUAUGUCAGCUGCAAAUGGUACAUCAUGUCAUGAUAUGAUGAAUCGUGUUAUGACUAAAGAUAAUAUUGGUAUUGUUUGCUUUCUUGAAACAAAAGAAGAAAUUUAUUCUCAUACAUUUUCAAGUGGUGCUUUACCAGUUGAUCAUAAACAAAUGUUAUUUGUUUGUACAGCACAUAUACAUUGGGAUCCAGAAUAUUGUGAUGUUAAAGUUGUUCAAACAUUAAUGUUAUUAUCAGAAUUAAAAACAAUUAUGGAAGAUGCUAUACAAAUACAUCGACCAAAUUCUAAUAAUACACCCAUUGAUUGUUCAACAGUACCAUUAGUUCUUUGCGGAGAUUUUAAUUCCUUACCAGAUUCAGGCGUUAUUGAAUUAAUGCGUAAUGGAAAAAUGUCAAAGAAUCAUGCAGAUUUUAAAGAUCUCAGUUAUGAAACAUAUUUACAAAAACAUAGUGGAAUUGAUGGUAUUACAACAUCAAGUAGUGAUAUUAUACAUCAUUUUAAAUUACAAUCAGCUUAUGAAACAACAUCAGCACCCAUUAUGCCUUAUACAAAUUUUACGUAUGAUUUUAAAGGAAUUAUUGAUUAUGUAUUUUAUUCAACACAAUUAAUGCGUGUACUCGGUGUAUUAGGACCACUUGAUCCUGAAUGGAUUCAAACAAAUAAAAUAGUCGGUUGUCCACAUCCAAAUGUUCCAUCGGAUCAUUUUUCACUUCUUGUUGAAUUUGAACUUAAUCCACCAACAAAUGAUAAUACAAAAAAUUCAACAACAACAUCGAUAACUACACGAAGACAAUAA